ACUUCAAUAUAUUUCCCGCCCUUUUUCAUCUCUCUGAAAUCACUUGGGUUUUGGCUCUCUCUUUUCACUCUCGGAUCACAUCAAAAAAAAGUUGCAGAAACCCGAACCCUAGUUUUUAUUAAAUUGUUUAUCCUCCAUUUCUUUUUAGCAAAUUAUCCAUUUUCACUUCAACUGUUUCACCUCAGAGCAAAAUCCAUUUCCAGAAACAAAAACCCUAAAAGGUCAUGUGUUUCAAUCAGAUAUCUGCAACGCUUCAGGCCUAUCUCUCUAUUUUGGAGAAAAUUCCAUUUCCAGAUACAAAAACCCAUAACUUUAUGUGUUUUUACUAGAUCUCUGCGACUUUUAGUCCUCCUCCACUCAAAAUGUACAUCAAAGAGAUCUCUUUAGAGGGUUUCAAGUCUUACGCGACAAGAACUGUUGUUCCUGGUUUUGAUCCCUAUUUCAAUGCUAUUACUGGUUUGAAUGGAUCUGGAAAAUCGAACAUUCUGGAUUCUAUAUGCUUUGUGCUGGGAAUCACCAAUCUACAGCAGGUUAGGGCUUCAAAUCUUCAAGAGCUCGUGUAUAAACAGGGCCAAGCUGGGGUGACCAAAGCCACAGUCUCAGUUAUCUUUGAUAAUUGUGAUAGGAGUCGGAGUCCCCUUGGCUACGAGGAAUUUCCAGAAAUUACAGUCACUCGUCAGAUUGUUGUGGGUGGAAGGAACAAGUAUUUAAUCAAUGGGCACCUAGCUCAGCCCUCUCGGGUUCAGAACCUUUUCCAUUCUGUGCAACUGAAUGUGAACAACCCACAUUUUCUUAUAAUGCAAGGGCGCAUAACAAAGGUCUUAAACAUGAAACCACCGGAGAUACUAUCCAUGCUGGAAGAGGCAGCCGGGACUAGAAUGUAUGAGACAAAGAAAGAGUCGGCCCUAAGAACACUUGAGAAGAAACAGACGAAGGUCGAUGAGAUUGAUAAGCUACUUGAUCAAGAGAUACUGCCUGCUUUAGAGAAACUUAGGAAGGAGAAAGGGCAGUACAUGCAAUGGGCAAAUGGAAAUGCUGAAUUAGAUCGACUCAAAAGAUUUUGCAAUGCUUAUGAAUUUGUUCAAGCAGAGAAAAUAAGAGAUGCGGCAAUUGGUGGAGUGGAUCGGCUAAAGGAAAAGAUUGCUGAUAUUCAGAGUAACAUGGAAAAUCUGAAGGCCGAAAUACAAGAGAAGGAGAGAACAAUUGCGACUUUGAGGAGUGAAAAGGAGGCAAAGAUGGGUGGGGAGAUGAAAGCUUUAUCAGAGAAGGUAGAUGCUCUCUCACAUGAUCUUGUGAGAGAAACAUCUGCCCUUACUAAUAAAAAAGAUUCUCUCAAGGCUGAGCAAAAGGCUGCACAAAAGAUUAUCAAAGGUAUUGAGGACAGCGAGAAGUCUAUACAAGAAAGAGAUGCUGCUGUUAAAAGAGCAGAUGAUGGAGCGGCGGAUCUUAAAAAGACAGUGGAGGAUCUUUCCAGGAAAUUGGAAGAGCUUGAAAAGGAAUACCAGGGGGUUCUUGCUGGCAAGAGCAGUGGAAAUGAGGAGAAAUGUCUCGAGGAUCAACUAGUGGAUGCUAAAGCCUCAGUUGGCAAUGCUGAAACAGAAUUGAAACAAUUGACUACAAAAAUAAACCACUCCGAGAGAGAACUAAAGGAGAAGAAGAAACAGUUAAUCUCCAAGUGCCAGGAGGCCUUGGCAACAGAAAAUGAGCUGAAAUCUAAGAGGAAAGAUGUGGAGGAUGCAAAAUCUGCACUGGAAUCUGUUGUUUACGAGGAGGGUCAAAUGGAAACCUUGGAAAAGGAGCGUGUUGAGGAAUCGAAGCUGGUUCAGAGGUUGAAGGAUGAUAAUCGGGCUCUCUCAGCACAGUUGGGAAAUGUUCAGUUCACAUAUCGUGACCCCACAAAGGAUUUUGAUAGAUCUAAGGUGAAAGGAGUUGUGGCUAAACUCAUUAGGGUGAAGGAUAGCUCUGCAUUGACUGCUAUAGAGGUUACAGCUGGGGGAAAGCUGUAUAAUGUUGUUGUAGAUACAGAACAGACAGGAAAGUUAUUGCUUGAAAGAGGUGACCUUCGAAGACGAGUAACAAUUAUACCUUUAAACAAAAUCCAGUCCAAUAUCAUCAACCAAAGGGUGCAACAGGCUGCAGUCAGGAUGGUUGGCGAAGGUAAUGCUCAAUUAGCACUUUGCUUGGUUGGAUAUGAUGAAGAUGUAAAGAAUGCAAUGGCCUUUGUGUUUGGGUCAACAUUUGUGUGCAAAAGUUCUGACAUUGCAAAGGAGGUUACAUUCAAUAGAGAAAUCCAAGUACGCAGUGUAACUCUUGAGGGAGAUAUUUUCCAGCCAAGUGGUCUUCUUACCGGUGGUAGUCGCAAAGGUGGAGGUGACUUGUUAGGACACCUUCAUGCGUUAUCAGAAGCAGAGUCAAUGCUCCAUAGACAUCAAGAGAGACUAUUGAAAAUCACAGAUGAGAUUGCCCGUCUUCAGCCUCUUCAAAAGAAAUUCAUGCACCUGAAGUCACAGUUGGAGCUGAAGUUGUAUGACCUCUCGCUUUUUGAGGCUAGGGCUGAACAGAAUGAGCAUCAUAAGCUUGGUGAACUGGUAAAGAAGCUUGAGGAAGAGCUUGAGGACGCAAAGCUUGAAGUGAAAAGGUGUCAAGCUCUGUAUGAAACAUGUGUUGCUAAUGUCUCAUCUCUUGAGAAAUCUAUAAAGGACCAUGGCAAAGAUCGCGAGGGUAAACUAAAAACUUUGGAUAAAAAUAUAAAGUCGGUAAAAGCUCAGAUGCAAUCGGCUUCUAAGGAUCUUAAGGUACAUGAAAAUGAGAAAGAGAGGCUUGUUAUGGAAAAGGAAGCUGCUGUUCAUGAGAAGACCUCUUUGCAAAGUCAGUCAGCUUUUGUAGAGGCACAGAUUAAGGUUAUGGCUGAAGAAGUCGAUGGACUAACCAGCAGGGUAGAUUCCAUCAAGAAAGAGUAUGAUAAAGCUCAAUGUGAACUCAAUGCAUGCCGGACAAAGUUGAAAGAUUGCGACGAGGAUAUUGUUUGCUUUACCAAGGAGCAGCAGACACUUCAACAGAAACUGAGUGAUGCAAAUGUUGACAAAAAGAAAUUGGAAAAUGAGGUGAAACGGAUGGAAUUGGAACAAAAAGAUUGUUCUUCCAAAGUGGAUAGACUAUCGGAGAAGCAUAGCUGGAUUGGUGCUGAGAGGCACCUUUUUGGCAGAGGUGGUACUGAUUAUGACUUCUCAUCUCGUGAUCCCCAUAAAGCAAAGGAGGAAUUCGAAAGGCUGCAGGCUCAACAAUCUGGCCUAGAGAAGAGGGUCAACAAGAAAGUUAUGGCAAUGUUUGAGAAAGCUGAAGAUGAAUUCAAAGAUCUGAUAUCGAAAAAAAAUAUUAUUGAGAAUGACAAGUCAAAAAUUAAGAAGGUGAUUGAAGAGCUGGAUGAGAAGAAAAAGGAGACCUUAAAAAAUACAUGGGUUAAAGUAAACAAAGACUUUGGAUCCAUCUUCUCUACACUUCUUCCAGGAACAAUGGCAAAGCUUGAACCUCCAGAAGGUGGAACGUUUCUAGAUGGUCUUGAGGUGCGUGUUGCUUUUGGAAGUGUUUGGAAGCAAUCACUAUCAGAACUUAGUGGUGGCCAGAGAUCUCUGCUUGCUCUCUCACUCAUCUUGGCUUUGCUGCUCUUCAAACCAGCACCGCUAUAUAUACUUGAUGAGGUUGAUGCGGCUCUUGAUUUAAGCCAUACGCAGAAUAUCGGGAGAAUGAUUAAAACCCACUUCCCACACUCCCAGUUUAUUGUGGUUUCUCUAAAGGAAGGCAUGUUCAACAAUGCCAAUGUCAUCUUCCGGACAAAAUUUGUAGAUGGGGUUUCCACAGUCCAGAGAACUGUUGCACCAAAACAGAGCAAAGCAUCUUCUGGCAAGACACCAGCUCGAAUGCCAUUAUCUGAAAAUCAGACCUUGCAGUGAUCGGUAUAUGGAUAGAACAUCCUUAGAAGUUUCAAUGGCAGCAAAGCAGGUUUGUUUCCUAACAGAGAAUCAAAACUUGUAGUGUCUGGCUUUGAGCUUGAGCUAUUGACUCUUGCAUUACUGCAUCCCAAGUAUGAAUCCUAUCGUUGAACUAUUGAAAACGAAAAAGGAAAAUAAGGAAAGAACUAAAAUUUCAAGAAUUCUGGUGAUUCUUUUGUGAACUUGUGGAGAAUUUGUUGCCAAUUCUAAGAGGAUACAUUGGUGGUUGUUGAUUUUGUGGAAGGCUUUGUUGUGUUUAAUUGUUAAGCUCACAUGGCUUCCAUGUAAAUGUAAUAGAGUUAUGUAUGCCUUGUAGAAGUGCUGUUUUGGAAAGAGGAACUGGUGAUGCCUUUUAUUACCAAGCUAAGAUUGUUUUA